AAUUUCAUAAAGAAUUUUUGACAACGAAUUGUAAUUGGUAUUUAUCGAUUAAUUGUUUGAGUACUAAUUACACUAUAAUCGGUUAUUGUGAUUGACUAAUUUUCAUACUUAUUAUUGUGGAAACAUUGUUAUCGUUCUUUGACAAUGAAUCAUACCAAAAUGAAUAAAUUCAAAAUUGAAUAUAGUCACUCAUAGUUACAAUCUGAACAGUUUUGCAUUCGCCAUGAUAACUAAAACGUUAUUGUCUCAACAUCGAGUAUACCAAUAUAUAGCUGCAAUAUCAGGAACAAUAUGUAUAAUGUCUUCCGAAAUGCACUUCGGGUGGACAUCACAAUCUCUGCCUUCUCUCACUGACGGCACUUACAAAUUGCAACUUUCCAAAGACGAAGCUUCAUGGUUAGCCGUAAUCCUUUUAGCGGGUACAGUUAUGGGAGCAGUCAUUGCUGGAAAAUUGACGGAUAUAGUAGGACGGAGGAAAAUUAUCCUCAUAACUUCCAUUCCACUUAUAAUCGGAUGGAUUAUGAUUGGAGCCGGAAACAGCACCGUGGAACUUUUUGUGGGAAGAUUUAUCGCAGGAAUAGCCAAUGGACUAAGCUUUUCGACCGUUCCAAUGUAUUUAGCUGAGAUAGCAGAGCCAGAAAUAAGAGGUAUCAUUACAUCAUUGUGUCCAGUUUUUGUGGUUUUGGGUAUUUUGAUCAUAAAUUUUCUGGGCUCCAUUUCCUCAAUUAGUACAACUGCUUAUAUAGCUAUGAUUUUUCCUUCACUGUGCGUAAUUACAUUCCAUUGGAUGCCAGAAAGUCCGUCAUUUUUACUUCAAAGAGAGAAGCACGAAGAGGCAAGAAAAAUUUUGGAACGACUAAGGGCAGAAUCUGAUGUAGAGGAAGAGCUGCAAAGAGUUAUGAAAUUUUUAGGUGAAAACAAGCAAUGUAGUUGGAAGGAAUUUUUCUUAGAUAAAGUGACUUGGAGAGCAAUUCUAAUUGCUUAUGGAUUGAGAACCGCUCAACAAUUCAGUGGUACAACUGCUUUGACUUUCUAUUGUAAAACAAUUUUUGACGAAACUGAUGAUAUUUUUCCUUCUGAAUUAUCUACACUAGUUUACUUUCUUUUGCAGCUCAUUGUAUCAUCUAUAGCUAUAUUUUUGGUAGAUGUAUAUGGUAGAAAACCAUUGCUAUUGAUUUCAACUGUAGGCACUACCUUAACAUUAUUUAUAAUGAGUGCUUAUCUUCAUCUAAAAAACCAUGUGAAUAUUACUACAUCCAAAUUAAACUAUAUACCCAUAGUAAUAUUAUUUUCAAACAUCAUAUUUUUUAGUAUUGGGCUUCGUACAGUACCACUUUUGAUGAUGGGCGAAAUGUUUUCUCCUCGAUUUAGGGCUAAGGGAUUAUGUAUUGGAUGUAUCUACUUUAGUGUCAUAGCGAUGGUUUUUGCUAAAACAUUUUUUGAUAUUUCAUUGAAGUUUGGUCAAGCAGCACCUUUUUUGUUGUUUUCCGUAUUAUCUUUUAUAAGUACUUUUUUUAUUAUAUUUUGUAUACCUGAAACUAAAGGAUUGACACUGGAAGGAAUUCAAAGGAUAUUGAAAAAAUUACCAAAAGAGAAUAAUACUCAACAACAGAGCGAUGAUAAAUUUACUGUGAUAGCUGAUGUUUGACAAAACAAGCAUUGAUUGUAACAAAAAAUAAAAUUUACAAUGUGUACAA